CCCAUAAGCUGAACUGAUCAGAGGCAUCCCUGCCACUAGAGCACCACUCAGGAUCUGCUUACACCAAACUCCAGUCCUAUCUGCUGAUAGCUUAGGGCAGGUCCCAGCACUUGUUUUCUUCAGCACCAAGGCUGCUCCAGCUUACAAAGCCCAGUCAUCUCCUUUACUCUUUUCUUUUUGUGCUUUUCCUUUCAGCUGCCUGGCUUGACAGCUUAACAUGGUUGCCACCUGCUUGCACCUAGUUGGAUUUGUCUCUAGUUUUGUCGGCUGGAUUGGUGUGAUCGUGGCAACAGCCACCAAUGAGUGGGUCGUAACUUGUGGUUACACCAUCACCACUUGCAGGAAGAUGGACGAGCUGGGAUCCAAAGGGCUGUGGGCAGAUUGUGUCAUGGCAACAGGGCUCUAUCACUGCAAGCCACUAGUGGACAUCCUCAUAUUGCCAGGCUAUGUCCAGGCAUGCCGAGCACUGAUGAUUGCCGCCACAGUGCUGGGCCUCCCUGCUGUUUUCUUGCUGCUGACUGUUCUGCCCUGUAUUCGGAUGGGCCAUGAGCCUGGAGCUGCCAAGUACCGGCGUUCCCAGCUGGGAGGAGUCCUGCUCAUUCUCUUGGCAUUGUGUGGUAUCGUCGCAACUAUCUGGUUCCCUGUGGCUGCUCACCGUGAGACCACAAUUGUGAGUUUUGGAUACUCCCUUUACACAGGCUGGAUUGGGUCUGCCCUUUGCCUCUUUGGUGGCUCCGUCAUCGUCUGUUGCUCAGGAGAUGCUCAGUCGUUUGGUGAAAACCGUUUCUACUACGCGUCGGGAUCCAGCUCUCCUACCCAUGCUAAGAGUGCUCAUGUAUAAGCAACCUUGGGACUCCCAGAGUCUUCAUCAUCACAUGCUUUUACUGGUGGACUUGGGUGCUUUGGGUUUGCUUGUACUGUCACACACCAUUGCCAAGCUCCACAGUAGAGGAUUUUUAAAAAACCAUCAUGAGUGCCUGAUAAAGCGUGAAAUCCCCACUUUUGCCUUAAAAGAAACCUCUAGCAACUCAGACCAGGCCAUUCCCCAUUUACUUCUUGCUGAUUAUCUGUCCUAAGCUCUUGCAUUCAUGAUGCUUUUGGAUAGUUCCACGUUAGCUGUUGGUUGUUUAGUUAUUUUUUUUUUCCAGCUCCCCUGAUUAUGGGAGUGUUGAACAAAAGAGACACUUUCCCACUGUUGAAGUGACUCAGAUAGCUUCUCUGAAUGCAUUACCAUAGGCUUCUCCCCCAUUCAAGGUCACUUCUUUGGCAAAAUUAGGAUGGAAAGGGCAGGGACAGGGAGAGACUCUGUGCAUUCCAGGCACACAAAUGUUUCUCUUUUGUAAGAUUGGGGGUGGAGGGAAGGUUGUUUGCCUUUCUCUGUAAAUACUUCUUUUGGAAUUUGAUCAUUUUAGUAACAAUGUUUUUCUAAAUUCAUCAGUAUGAAGGAAAUGAAACCCAAAGGUUUGAAUUACAAGGUAAAUGGUGCAUUUGUAUAUAGCUUUAAAUUACAUGAGGGGGCUCUAAUCCCCACUAUCCAUUUUAUUUUUUUGGUACAGAUCGGUUACUAAAAAAAUGUAUUUUUACAUUGAUUUCUUUUAAAAACUUUCUUUUCUUUAUUCCAAUUAAUUUGUGUUCUGACUUGCAUCCUUAAAGUGGAAGGUUUUUUUAACAUGCAGUAUAUUGUAUCAGUUACAAACACAGUAAAUUCCAGUGAAUACUGAUGAUGCCUUUGUACUUUAAAUAAAAUAUUGUACAAUAAACAAUGAA